AUGGCUGAUAAAACUGCACCAAAGAGUCAGCUCAGACUGGAAUGGGUUUAUGGAUAUCGUGGACAUCAAUGCCGUAAUAAUCUGUACUAUACAAGUAGUAAAGAAAUUGUUUACUUCGUAGCUGGUGUUGGCAUCGUUUACAAUAUCAAAGAGCAUAAGCAACGAUUUUUCUUAGGCCAUAACGAUGACAUUAUAAGCUUAGCUUUGCAUCCUGAAAAGAGAUUGGUAGCUACCGGUCAAGUCGGUAAUAGCCCGUAUAUUUGUGUAUGGGAUACCGGAACGACACAAGCUGUAUCUAUUUUAAAGGAUUCUAAUAAACGCGGUAUUGCUGGUUUAGCAUUCAAUGGUAACGGCUCUUUGUUAGUAUCAGUUGGUUUGGAAGACUCACAUCAAAUUGCAGUCUGGGAUUGGGCAAAGGGUAGAAUCCUAGCUUCCGUUCCUGGACAUACUGAAAGGGUGUUUGAUGUUCAGUUUAAUCCUUUUGUGAAUAAUCAACUGGUGUCUUGUGGAGUGAAACACAUUAACUUUUGGUCGUUAUGUGGUAAUGCUCUUAUGGCAAAGAAAGGUAUUUUCGGUAGAGCUGGAGAAAUACAAACACUAUUAUGCUUGGCAUUUGCUCCUGACAGUAUCAUAUAUUCGGGUACAUUAAGUGGUGAUAUCUACAAAUGGCGAAACCACGAGUUGAUUCACAAUUACCAAAAUGCUCAUAGGAGUGCUAUCUUUACUAUAUUUCAAUGCAAUGAUGGCUAUACUACUGGCUCUCGCGAUGGUACUGUGAGAUUAUGGGAUACAGAAUUUAAACCGAUCGUUAAGCUUGAUCUUACGCAAACUUCGGGUGGCUAUCCAGAUCUUUCUAUUCGUAGUGUUUGCUGGCAUGGAGAUAAGAUUUUAGUUGGGACCAGAGAUAGUGAAAUUUUUGAGAUUUCUGUGCGUGAUCGAGAUAAGCCAAAAUUACUUAUUCAAGGACAUGCUGAAGGCGAAUUAUGGGCUUUAGCACCCCAUCCAAAAAAGGCGUUUUUUGUUACUGGCAGUGAUGAUUGUACCGUCAGGUUAUGGAGUAUGAGCGAUAAUCACCUUCUAUCUAAAAUAGCGGUACCGCAGCCGGUACGUUCAGCAGCAAUUAGUACUGAUGCUGUUCACAUUGCUGUUGGAUUACAAGAUGGUUCCUUUGUAAUUUUGAAAGCUAGAGAUUUGUCAGAGAUAUUAGUCACUAAAGAUCGCAAAGAAGCCAUUCAUGAAAUGAAAUAUUCACCCUGUGGAAAUUUUUUAGCAGUCGGUUCUAAUGAUGGAAUUGUAGACAUUUAUGCUGUUAAUCAACGAUAUAAACAUGCAGGUCAAUGUUCUGGUAGUACAAGUUUCAUUACCCAUGUUGAUUGGUCAGAAGAUUCUAAGCAUUUACAAGUAAACAGUGGCGUUGGAGAACGCCUUUUUUUUCGUAUGCCAACUGGUAAGCAGAUAACUAAUCAGGAAGAAAUGGAAUCCAUCCACUGGGUAUCUUGGACGUCAACAUUAGGACCGGAAGUGAAUGGAAUUUGGGCUAAAUACUCUGAUACGAAUGAUAUUAAUGCUGUAGACACAAGUUAUACUAAUCAAGUCUUAGUUUCUGGUGAUGAUUUUGGUUUGGUUAAAUUAUAUCGAUUCCCAUGUGUUAAAAAAGGAGCCAAGUUUAAAAAAUAUGUUGGACAUUCCGCUCAUGUUACCAAUGUGCGAUUCUCACAUGAUAAAUCACGCGUCAUCACUGUCGGUGGAGCAGAUCAUGCUAUAUUUCAGUGGAGAUUUCUACCUGAUGGAGCUGCGACCCCACGCGAUCAAGAAGAUGAUGACCUACAUGAUCAGCAAAGUGGCUUUGUAGAUUCUGAUAGUGAAGAAAGUGAUUCCGAUAUUUCCGAUGUUGGUGCUAUGGAUAGCGAUAUUGAAGUAGAAAAACAGCAAACCUAUGAAAGAACUUUCUAUCGUGAAGAUGCUGUUGCACUGAAACAGCAGCAUCGCCAAGAUAAGAAAAUACGUGGUAAAAGCACUGAUAAAAGAGCUGGUGCACCUACUUUUGGCUUAGAUUUACACUUUUCCUUCGGGUAUCGUGGGUAUGACUGUCACAAUAAUAUAUUUUAUACAUCUAAAGGAGAAAUAGUCUAUCACAUUGCAGCUGUGGGUAUCGUCUAUAAUCGUGAAGAUAAUACGCAACGUUUUUACCAGGGUCAUACAGAUGAUAUUCUAUCGCUGUCAAUACACCCUACCAAGGAUAUAGUUGCUACCGGUCAAGUUGGUCGAGAUCCUACGAUACAUUUAUGGGAUGCGGCUACUUGUCAAGUACUUUCCGUCUUGAAAGGGCAACACUCUCGCGGAGUUUGUACAGUAGAUUUUUCAGAUGAUGGAAAGAAAUUAGCUUCAGUUGGGCUAGACGAUAAUCAUACUAUCGUUGUAUGGGAAUGGAAAAAAGGAGAAAAAAUUGCAACCACUAGGGGCCAUAAGGAUAAAAUAUUUAGCAUUAAAUGGAAUCCACAUAGUCAUGAUCAGGUUGUUACAGUUGGAGCUAAGCAUAUCAAAUUUUGGACACAAACUGGCGGUGGUUUCACAUCAAAACGUGGAACUUUUGGCCAAGCAGGGAAAUUAGAUACUAUGCUGUGUUUGACAUACGGCAAAACUGCCGACACUUGCUAUUCUGGGUGUGCGAAUGGACGAAUUUAUCAUUGGCAAGGUACAAGCUUAGUUGAGACCGUUAAAGGUCAUGAAGGACCCGUAUUAGCUAUGUGUACUUUGGAAAAGGGUUUUAUUACCGGUGGCAAAGAUGGAACUGUUGCUUUAUGGGACGAUUCAUUCAAGAAAUGUAUCAAAAAUUAUAAAAUUACGCGGUCCGCUUUGGCUCAAGGUAACUAUACAUCACUAAUGUUUGACGAUAAUCCAUCUAUCAGAUCGGUAGUGCUUGGACAUUCAAAAAUAUUACUUGGAACGAGAAAUAGUGAGGUCCUUGAAAUGGAUAAAGGUGGUACCAUAAAAGUAUUAGUUCAAGGUCACUGCGAGGGAGAACUAUGGGGAUUAGCUACUCACCCUUCUGAGCAUAUUUGUUGUACUGUCGGUGAUGAUCGAUCUGUAAGAAUUUGGGAUUUGACGAACCGACGACUAAAAAAUUUUCGCAAGCUGAGAAAGCCUGGUCGAUGUGCAAGUUAUUCACCAGAUGGACGAGCCAUUGCUAUUGGUUUCAAAGAUGGGAGUUGUUGCGUUAUUGACUCGAGUUCAUUAGAUGAUAUGGCAGAAUUUCAUCAUCGUAAGGAAGAAAUUUCUGACAUACGAUUCUCACCUGGUCAAGGAAAGUAUUUAGCAGUGGGAUCUCAUGACAACUUUGUUGAUAUAUACAAUGUACUAAAUAGUAAAAGAGUAGGGAUAUGCAAAGGAGCAUCUAGCUACAUCACUCACGUCGAUUGGGAUAAACGAGGCAAAUUAAUACAUGUCAAUACUGGUGCGAAGGAGGAGCUAUUCUUUGAAGCUCCAAGAGGGCAUCGACAAACAAUUCGAUCAGCCGAACUGGAAAAAAUGGACUGGAAUAAUUGGACUUGCGUUUUGGGAAGUUUAUGUGAAGGCAUUUGGCCUCAUAAAUCCGAUGUGACCGACGUUAAUGCUUCCCAUUUAACAUCAAAAGGAAAAAUUCUAGCAACUGGAGAUGACUUUGGAUUUGUUAAAAUAUUUGGUUUUCCAGUCAAGGGUAAAUUUGCUAAAUUUAAAAAGUACGUUGGUCAUUCCGCUCAUGUUACCAACGUACGUUGGACGCACGAUAAUAAAUAUCUUAUUUCGACUGGUGGAGCCGACACAUCAGUUAUGGUCUGGGCUAAUAAAGGACGCGCUGGGUACGGUGAAAGCGAUGACUCCGAUACUGAUUCAGAAGAAGAAGGUGGUUAUGAUAGCGAUGUUCAACGCGAAAAGAAUAUAGAUUAUGAUGCAAAGACGUAUGCAAAUCCGAUACGAAGAAAUGAAGGUACUAAACCUCACAUGAAAGCAGACGAUCAAGAGGCUAUUGAUGUAAAUCGGCCUCAAGUCAGCCGUGGUGUUGCGGGACCGCCUAAAGUACUAAAACGUGAUCCACCACAGUUAGCGUCAGGAAAGAAGCGCAAGCCACUUUACGUUCAGGACAUGAGAUUAGAUCAUGUUUUUGGAUAUCGUGGAUUCGAUACACGUAACAAUUUACAUUAUUUACCCAAUGGAAAUAUCGUUUAUCAUGCUGCAGGCACUGGAAUUGUUCGGGACAUGGCUAAUGGAACACAAUCAUUCUAUCUGGAACAUACGGACGAUAUCUUAUGUUUAAGUGUCAAUCAAAACCCUAAAUUUGAAAAUAUUGUAGUAACAGGUCAACUAGGUAAAGUGGCUAUGGCUCACGUAUGGCAUGCUUCUUCUAAAGAGACUUUAUCUAUCUUACGUGGAUUUCAUAAGGGUGGUAUUUGUGCGGUUAAUUUUAGCAGCAGUGGAAAAUUAGUAUUGACGGUUGGGAUUGAUGAUAAUCACUCUGUUGCAGUAUGGCAAUGGCAAGAUGGUACGAGAGUGGCAACGUCGCAUGAUCAUAACGAGAGGAUCUUAUAUGCACAAUUUCGACCUGAUUCUAAUUCUCAUUUCGUUACUGUUGGUGUUAAACACGUCAAAUUUUGGACUGUUGCUGGUGGAGCUUUACUUGGUAAACGUGGUGUUUUUGGACAGGGUGCAGGGGAAGAUCUUUCCAAUUUGAAGAUGCAAACGAUGUUAUCAAUAGCCUUCGCACCAAAUAAUGUCACAUAUACCGGAGCCAUGAGUGGAGAUGUGUAUGUUUGGUCUGGCAAUCAAUUAGCUCGAGUGAUUAGUAAGGCUCACACUGGGCCAGUCUUUACUUUGUAUACAACUCAAAAAGAUGGAUUAAUUCUUAGUGCCGGGAAGGAUAAAUUUGCAAAAGAGGGAGCAAAUAUUAAAUUAUGGGAUAUUGAAAUGAAACGAUGUAAAACUUAUGGUCUUGGUAAAGAAUUCAGUAGAACUAUCGUUCGAGCUGUUAAUCGCCACAAGGGAAAAUUACUGAUAGGAACACAAGAGGGUGAUAUUUUAGAGCUGGCGGAAAAAGGCGGUGUAGUCCAGAUUGUGGCCCAAAGCCAUGCCGAAGGAGAAAUUUGGGGAUUAGCUACUCAUCCGCAAUUGCCGUUCUGUGUUUCUGCUAGUGAAGACCAAACUAUUUGUUUAUGGGACGUUAGCAAGCAGGCUUUAGCUAUGAAAGCGAAUGUAGGUCAACCUGCUCGUUCUGCUUGUUUCAAUCCAGCUGGUGAUAUUGUUGCUGUCGGUCUUAAAAAUGGGGAGUUCUUAUUAUUAAAGCCAACACAAGAUAGCUUUAAGAUCAUUAGUAGAAAGCGUGACCGCCACAAGUCCAUUAAUGAUUUGAAAUUCAGUCCUGAUGGUCGUUGCUUGGCUAUCGGGUCAGACGAUAACUGUGUUGAUUUCUAUGAUACUGGUCCAGGCAGUAACUUGACUAGACUUGGAUAUUGCAAAGGGAUACCUAAUUAUGUAACUCAACUUGAUUGGUCUGCCGAUAGUAAUUAUGUUCAGGUUAGUACCGGAUCGUAUGAACGCUUAAUUUUUUCAGCUCCUUCUGGCAUUCAAAUUACUGAUAAAAAAAAAAUUAAUACUAUUACUUGGAAUACAUGGACUAGCGUAUUAGGUGAUGAGGUAGUUGGUGUGUGGCCUCGUAAUGCUGAUAAUGCGGAUGUUAAUUGUGCAUGCGUGACAAAUACUUGUGAAGCAGUUGCGACAGGAGAUGAUUUCGGUUUGGUUAAACUAUUUAAAUUUCCAUCAACCGAAAAGCAUGCCAAGUUUAAAAGUUUUGUGGGUCAUUCCGCUCAUGUUACCAAUGUUAAAUUUACAUGCGAUGAUCGAUAUUUAGUUAGUGCUGGAGGAGACGAUUGCUGCAUUUUUGUCUGGAAAUGCCAAUAG